GCCAAUCGAAAGCAGAGCCUGGAUAUCAAGGGAGAUAACUUUCGUAUGUUUUAGUCAACAUGGCGUCUAGAUUUCCAGAUGUCAGUUUGCUCUCUCAAUUCAUUAAGGAUCGGCUAAUUUACCAGCUCGAAAACAUGCCUGGUCAAAAAGACUUGGUGCUUGAUGGUGAGCUGAUGAAACCACUUGAUCGCAUUGUUGGCGCCUCUGUUCUAAAGGCUCAUGGAGUUGCCAAAAUAUUCAAAUUCGAUUUUACACAAAAAGCAUUGCCUGGAUGCCAGCAGCGGCUGUACAUUGUUCGUCCAAGAAUUGAAAUGAUGGAGCAUAUUGCAAGGCAAGUCAAUUGUGAGAGAAGUUUAGAGCAGAAAAGGACAUAUCGAAUAUUAAUGACACCUCGUAAACUGAAUGUAUGUGAGGAAGUCUUGGAGAGAGAAGGAGUAUAUGGCUAUGUUACUGUGGAAGAGUUCAUUUUAGAUUUAAUACCACUUGACCGAGAUGUUUUGUCUUUGGAAUUAUCCGAUUUCCUGCCAAGAUUUUAUUUGCAUAAUGAUUUUACCUGGUUAAAUACUGUUGCGAAGUCAUUGGUUCAUUUCCAGUCAGUCUAUAGACAAAUACCAUUUGUCUGUGGUAUUGGAAGAGCAGCUAAGAAAAUACAUGAAAUGAUGUUAUCAAUGACAGAAUAUCAUCAGAAAACUGAAGAUGAGCAUUUUGAGAUUGGAAAGCUGUUUAUCAUAGACAGAGAUGUAGAUUUUGUGACACCUCUUUCUUCACAGUUAACAUAUGAAGGAAUCUUAGAUGAAACAUUCGGAAUACAAAGUGGUUAUAUAGAGUUCACGAAGGAAAUCACAGGGAAAGACAAACCUACCAGAGUACUGCUGUCCCAUCAAGAUGAAAUAUAUGACCAAAUAAGAAACAAGCAUUUUUCUACAGUUUUUGAGUUUCUCAGUUGGAAGGUGAAAGAAGUUCAAAGUGGUUAUGAUAAAAGACAUUCUCUGACCACGGUUGGUGCCAUGAAGAAUUUUGUAUCAAAUGAACUUAAGGACCUGAGUCAUCGGCACAAAACCCUUGCAUAUCAUAUUGGAGCAUGUGAAGUUGUUAUGGCGAGAAAGACGAAAAGUUUUGAAAACUUUGAGGAAAUCAUGCAAACUGAACAUAGUCUACUGGAAGGUAGCGAUACAAAAGAAAACAUUAAUUUUAUUGAAGAGUGUAUCAACCGAAAGUUCAACUGUGAACAGACUCUGAGGCUUCUUUGUCUACUUUCCCUGACGAAUGAUGGCAUUAAUUCCAAACACUACAAGCAGCUGUCAAUACAGUUUAUUCAGACAUAUGGCUUUGAUAUGUUGCCAACUUUACAUAACCUGCGCAAACUCCAUCUGUUCAUGGAACAAGAGCAGUCACUGAGUAAACCCCUUGGGAAAAUGGCUGCUGGAGUAGCAGCAAUGGCCAAGAGGAGCAGCUACCAAGCUUUAGUGAAAAAACUCAACCUAGUUCCUAAAUCUGCUGAAGACAUCAAUUUAAAAAGUCCCCGUGAUAUGUCAUAUGUUUUUAGUGGUGCGUAUACUCCAACCUCGUGCCGCCUGGUUGAGGAGGUUCUAACUAGAAAUGGUUUCACUGGUUUGGAAGAUGUGACAAAAUUAUUGCCUGGUGAAACAUUCUGUAGUAUACGAUCUCCUAUUCCUAAAGGCAAAUCAAAAGGUUCUCCUGAUUAUCCUGCUGCCAGAGUAGUGAUGGUAUUUUUCCUUGGUGGAUGCACGUUUGCAGAAAUAGCAGCGCUACGUUUACUGGGGCGUGAAAAAGGUUACCAAUUCUUGAUUGCAACGACGUGCAUCACAAACGGAAGCCGUAUGAUUCAAUCUUUUAUGGACAACUAAUUAACUGUUAAAUAAUAACGACACACACAAACUACAACCGUACUUUGUGCAAGUACAAGGCAUUUACAUUUACAUGCCUGUGAAAAACAGAACGACAAACAAAAAACAAUUGUUAAGAUUCUUUUGAUACCAAAGCUCUUUGAAGAAAAAAAAAAUACAAAACGAAACAUAUCAUUGAAUUUAGCUUUAAGCAAUGUGCAACUGUGAAAGGUUUACUGCGAGAUUAUGUAGCUUGGA